CUUCUCUCUACACCUCCCAGAAUCAUUUUCUCCUUCUCUCUUCAUUCUUCACCUUCAAAUCAUCAACCCAUCUUCAACCACAACUAAUCACUUCCUUAUCCAAGAUUAAGUCAAUAUUAGCACCAAAGCUUCAAGGAUUGUCAGUUAUCACAAGUUUGAUCUUCCUUAUCUCAUUAAAUCUUGAUAUACAUUCUCCCAGGAUCGCAGCUAUACAACUAACUAUGUAUGUUAUGUACGACCAAAAGAAGCAAGCCCAAGGAAAAAUAGCUUUAUCUUUUCAAUCAAUCCAACAUAUGACAAUAGGCUU